AACAAGAAAUGAACAGUAUCACCCACAAUUCCGUGCUUUUGCAUUUGUAUCGUUGACUUUAAACACCGAUGACAGCCCAGGAUGGAGGCAGGUCUCUUUGUUCCAGUUUUUGCCAAGUAUGAAAACCAGAUCAACGUGUUCUCUGAAUUCCUAGAUGAUUUACCAGACACUGAAGAUCCAGUCUGGGUUUUAGGACAAUCUUAUCAUGUUAAAACAGAAAAGUCAGAGCUUCUUUCUGAUGUGUGUUCACGGCUCUGGUUCACGUACAGGAGAAAGUUCAGCCCUAUCGGAGGAACAGGUCCGUCGUCAGACACAGGCUGGGGCUGCAUGCUGCGCUGUGGACAGAUGAUCCUGGCACAGGCCCUCGUCUGCAGCCAUCUUGGGAGAACCUGGCGGUGGGUGAGUGAGGAGAGUCAGCCAGCCGAGUACCAGCGCAUCCUCCACUGCUUUCUGGAUAGAAAAGAUAGCUGUUAUUCAAUUCACCAGAUGGCUCAGAUGGGGGUGGGCGAGGGUAAAUCUGUCGGAGAGUGGUAUGGUCCGAACACAGUAGCACAAGUCCUCAGGAAACUCACACUGUUUGAUGAUUGGAGUUCGUUAGCUGUGUACGUGUCAAUGGACAACACCGUCGUGAUCGAAGACAUCAAGAAGCAGUGUCAUCAGGAAGCGAGGUCCAGUCGGUGUAUCUGUGGAGGUGUAGAAGUUCCUCCAUCGGGCGAAUCAUCAUCAGGACACAAACUAACAGACGGCCGAGAGCAGCGCCAGGCUCCGUCCCCCGUAUACCAUUCCCAACAGUAUUCCCAACAGCAUUCCCAGCAUUCCCUGGAUUGGAGGCCUCUGCUGCUUCUUAUCCCACUCCGCAUGGGCAUCAACAACAUCAACCCCAUCUACAUCCAGGCCCUGAAAGAAUGUUUUAAGAUGCCUCAGUCUUGUGGAGUGCUUGGUGGAAAACCCAACCUGGCUUAUUACUUUAUUGGAUUUAUAGAUGAUGAGCUGAUUUAUCUGGACCCUCACACCACCCAGUCAGCUGUGGACUCGGAGACGGACCUCGGGGUGGAUGACCAGAGCUACCACUGCCAGAGGAGUCCUCAUCGCAUGAAGAUCACCAGCCUGGACCCUUCUGUAGCACUGGGCUUCUUCUGUAAGAGUGAGGAGGACUUCGACAGCUGGUGUAAUCAGGUUCAGCAGGAGAUCCUGAAGAAGCGGAACUUGCGGAUGUUUGAGCUGGUGGAGAAGCAUCCGUCUCACUGGCCUCCGUUCAUUCCUCCAACUAAACCUGAGGUGCAGACCACAGGAGCAGAGUUCAUCGAGUCCACAGAUAAGCUGUUCGAGUCUGAGGAGGAGUUUGAGAUCCUGAAUGUGUGAGCUCCACACGUUUAACCUUCAUGCAAUCAAAGAAAGUUUGAAGGCUGAAUCAUCAGCUUUCUACUGAUCCACACCACACAAGUGCCUCAGAUCAACACCAAGCACAACACCCAUACUGCAAAAAAUAACUUCAAAAACCCCACAAUAAUACACCAGGACCUACAGACCACGGAACGGUCAGAGUUCCUGCAUGAAGGACAGUCGGUAUUCACAGCAGAAACGCCUGAUCUCACUGUCUCUCUCUGGAAUACGGGGUAAACGAGAAAAAGCCAAGGAUUACUGUAGCUACUAUGUGUGAUUUUAGCUCCAUUCAUAGUCAGACCAGUGUGUGUGUGUGUGUGUGUGUGUGUGUGUGUGUGUGUGUGUGUGUGUGUUUGUAAAACUGUUUGGAGAACCCUCCGGUUGCAUUAACUGCAUUGUACUGUAUGAUGACAUUUCUUACUCCAUAGGACCUGUGAGAGAACAAGCCUGGAGAUGUCUUUUUAGAACACACACACACACACACACACACACACACACACACACACUACCUCCUGAAUCCAGGAGUAGGAGUCAGAUAUGCAGAAAUGUGUAUUCAGUGUUAUAUGAGGGGAAAUGAUGAACACGGUAAAGUGCCUGUUGGAGUGAUUUGGGUAACUGUUUCUUUUCCCUCGUAAUCAGACAAGUUAAAUAAUAAACCCCUAAUUCUUAAACAAAUUGCACAUUCAUGUAAAUAUGCUUGAAAAUAAAGAUAUUUAAUGCACCUUC